AUGGCGGGGCCCGGGGCGGCCGCGGCGGCGCUGCUCCCGGCGGUCCUGCUGGCGGUGCUGGCGCCCUGGGCCGGCCGCGGGGGCGCCGCCGCCCCCACCGCCCCCAACGGCACGCUGGGCGCCGAGCUGGAGCGCCGCUGGGAGAGCCUGGUGGUGCGCUCGCUGGCGCGCCUGCCGGUGGCCGCGCAGCCCAAGGAGGCGGCCGUCCAGAGCGGCGCCGGCGACUACCUCCUGGGCAUCAAGCGGCUGCGGCGGCUCUACUGCAACGUGGGCAUCGGCUUCCACCUCCAGGUGCUCCCCGACGGCCGCAUCGGCGGCGUGCACGCGGACACGAGCGACAGCCUGCUGGAGCUCUCGCCGGUGGAGCGGGGCGUGGUGAGCAUCUUCGGCGUGGCCAGCCGGUUCUUCGUGGCCAUGAGCAGCAAGGGCAAGCUGUACGGCUCGCCCUUCUUCACCGAGGAGUGCAAGUUCAAAGAGAUCCUGCUCCCCAACAACUACAAUGCCUACGAGUGCUACAGGUACCCGGGCAUGUUCAUUGCCCUGAGCAAGAACGGGAAGACCAAGAAAGGGAGCCGAGUGUCCCCCACCAUGAAGGUCACCCACUUCCUCCCCAGGCUGUGACUCCAGGCAUCCUGCCUCAGUUUCCCAAUGCUCAGGAGACUUUCUCCAGAUGGACAAUUUAAUGCCAGAGUAGGUGUAAGAUAUUUAAAUUAAUUAUUUAAAUGUGUAUAUAUCGCCACCAAAUUAUUUAUGGUUCUGUGGGUGUGUUUUGUAUUUUUCUGGAGAAAAAAAAAAAGAAAAGAAAAAAAAAAAAACCCAAACCUGAGUUUUCUAGUAAGACCGGUGAAGACCUUUCCACUGGAUUUAUUUAACUUGUCAAAAAGUUGUCACAAGUGUGCUGCUACUCUGUGUUUUUAAAAACGGUGACGUCAGACUCCAGUCUCAACCCUGCUUUGCACGGUCCCUUGUACUGUGGUGCUGAGCAUCUCUGUGUCUGGAGAGGCCUUCCUGGGGCCAUGGAGCCAGCUAAGGACCCUCCCAGCCCUGGCUCUGCUCCUAGCAUCCUCCGGCGCCCCACUCCUUUGUGCCCUGUUGCUAUUCAUCGGGACAUAUCGCCUUACUUCGGGUACAGAAAAUGCACUGUGGGAGUGCACCACUGUCACUCUGUUUUUAGAUCUGCCAAGACUGACCUUUGAACUUUUCUGUAGUCAAUCUUCCUCCAUCUCCCCGAUGGGGGAGACUCUUAGACAACUUUAUAAACUCCUGUUUUCCUUUUUUGGCUCAGCCACAGCCCAUGUUUCUCUGUGGCCACUGAGGAAGAGGCAAAAACAAAGCAAUUUUGUGAAUCCGACGGAAAGGAACCCAUCUCCCGCUGAAAAGCUGGAAGUGGAUAGAUGGGUAUAUUUGCAACCACAACCAAAGCCCGAGUGAUAAAAUACAAUUUGUGGUAGCUGGUACUUCUGAUAAGUCAUAGAAUAUAGAUUUUGUUUGUUUGUUUUAAUGUGCUUCCCUGUGCCUGGGAAGAUUUGAGCUAGAACUAGCUGUUCUUUUUAGAUGGAAUGUCCUUGUCAUUGUACAAAAACACUUAAUGCAGUGUUUGCAUGGAGGAAGGUGCCGCUUCUCUCCAUUGCAUUACCUGAUGAAGUGGACUUAACAUCUACCUCGAAACCCUUAACCCACUCAUCUGGUGAAAUCUGCAGAAAGCUCAGACCCGGCGCAGGCGUUCCCUAUCCCAAGUGGCUCUUUUUCCAUAUGUAGCCAAAGAGGAUUGCAGAUAGCGUCGGUGCGUCCCAUUGAAACCUUGUCACGUUUGAGCUAUCUUUACCCCGUGAUUUACUUUUAGUAAGGAUAAUCAUGGUGAAAAUAUUUGCAGACAGCUGUUAGAGUGCACUAUAUGGUCACCAAGUAACCUUAUAUUUUUCUUUAUAUAUUUUACAAAUGUAACCCCUGUCGCUGCAGCAAAGAUGGAAGAGGCAGGGUCGGUGAUGUUUAAAAAAAGUCCUGAGGUGAUGGCAAACAUUUAAUUUUAAUGAAUGACUUUUUAGAGUUUAUACAAAAUGACCUUAGCUCGCUACCAGAAAUGCUCCGAAUGUUUUGUCAAGACUUUAAUGCUCUCCUAGGAUGUUUCUGAACCACCUCCCAAAUUAACUUUAUGGGAGUCUACAGACAGCAAGACUGGAAAAGGCUGAUUGGAGUUUGUGUCUUUCACAUUCCUUUUUAAAACUCUUUGUUCGAAUGCAAAUCAUCUACUUAAAAUACUGUCCUUAAACCAAGGCCUUGGAGGAGGAAGGAAGCCGCUCGUGAAGCCUGAUGGCUGGACUGUACAUCUCAACCGGCCGUCCCCGUCCGUGCGGUGAAAUAAAAAAUGUUUUCAAUUUUAAAUUGCGUCCUAGGCUCCAGGAGUCUUGAGCAGAGGGGAUGCUCCCAGGUCUCGGUGCUGAUGGGGGGGAGGGGGCGGGGCUGGAAUGUGUGGACAUUCGGUAUUUCAAAUACUCGCUUCCUAAGUCUUAGCUGCCUUGGGAUGAUGGCACGAUGUCUCAUCUCAGAGCCCAAUCCGAUUGUCAGGAAUGAAGAUGUCUUAAGUGCAGAAUGUGGUGAUCCUUGGCCACUUGCUAGUCAGCGAGCCUUGUGGGAAGCGUAUAGAGAUGUCAUUGGACCUCUGCAAUAUUGCAAAGUGUUUUCUACUGUCGUGAUGGGAUCUAAGGUUUCUGUACUUUCCGCGGUUUGCAGGAUCUGUCUGUAGUUUUAUACAGGUGCUGAGCCCUAUUGUGAUGUAUGUGCUGUGCACAUUGACAUAUGCCGA